AUGCUAUCCUCGGUACGUGCCGCCUUCCAGGCCCCGUCACCUGCUGAAAGCGUGCAGCAGCGCCCACCGCGAUAUCCCAAUGAAGAUACCACUCCCACCAGCCGUCGCGAGAUCCUUGGCUGGUACUCGUAUGGCAUUGCGGCUGAAGUGUUCGCGGUUUGUGGCGUAGGAUCAUUCCUACCACUCACCUUAGAACAAUUGGCCCGAGAGCGUGGCACCUUGCAGACGAGUCGUCUUCCCUGUGUCGGUUCAUCGGCGGGAAAUAGCACAAGUGAUGAAAAUGGCCAGUGUGUGGUCCCGGUCUUCGGCCUUGAGAUCAACACAGCGAGCUUCGCCAUGUAUACUUUUUCAUUGGCGGUUCUUAUCCAGGCGUUGACGCUGAUAUCUUUCAGCGCCUUGGCGGAUUAUGAGAAUAACCGCAAGACAUUACUCAUGGUAUUCGGGUUUACCGGUGCGCUCGCCAGCAUGCUGUUUGUCUUCAUCGCACCACCAAUUUUCAUCAUCGGUUCGAUACUGGUCGUCGUCGGUGUCACUUGUCUUGGUUCAUCUUUUGUCAUUCUGAACUCUUAUCUGCCCGUCCUGGUCGCGAACGACUCAUCCCUCCAAGAUGGGAAGUCCAACGAUGAUACAGAGAUGUCCACCAUGAAUCAGGAGGGAGAUACCGCCGAGUGGAACGCGUGGGAGAAUGAGAAUGACGACACUGAUAGCUUGGAUGGACUUCGGCCGUCAGGGCAGUUUCAGGCCUCUCCUGAAGAUGGAAAGGGGUCCAAGCCCCCUUCCUCGUCGUCGCCUGAGCUGCAGUUGUCUACCAAAAUCUCAUCCAGGGGCAUUGGUCUUGGAUAUUGCGCGGCAGUCUUUGUGCAAAUCAUCAGCAUCAUCAUGCUCAUCACUCUAUCCAAGACUGCGCUUGCGAAAGUAUCAGGUACCCUUCCCAUGCGUUUCGUAUUGCUCCUGGUCGGUAUCUGGUGGGGCGCAUUCACGCUUGUCACUCGCAACUUGCUCAAGACACGCCCAGGGCCUCCUCUAAAUACAGGCUCCGGCAAUGGAACCGGACGAUGGAGGGCUUGGUUGCGACUCGUCGGCUUUGCCUGGAAAUCUCUAUGGAAAACCGUCAAAGUAGUCAUGAAGCUGCGCGAGGUUCUCAUCUUCCUUGUCGCAUGGUUUUUGUUGUCAGACGCGAUGGCCACAGUUUCUGGGACAGCGAUUCUGUUCGCGCGCACAGAACUCAAACUGAGCACUCCACUGGUUGGGCUACUCUCAAUCACCGCAACAGUGUCUGGGAUGAUGGGCGCGUUUUUCUGGCCUCACGUGUCUCGCCACUUCGGCCUACAGUCCAAUCAGACCAUCAUUCUGUGCAUUGUGCUAUUUGAACUGAUUCCACUUUAUGGUUUGCUGGCUUAUAUCCCGUUUAUCAAGAACUGGGGUGUGUUCGGGUUACAGCAGCCGUGGGAGAUCUUCCCACUGGCUAUUGUUCAUGGGGUGGUGUCGGGCGGACUUGCGUCGUACUGCCGGUCAUUCUUCGGCCUCUUGAUUCCGCCUGGCAGUGAAGCUGCAUUCUAUGCUCUCUACGCUGCUACCGAUAAGGGAAGCUCGUUCAUCGGGCCGGCUAUUGUGGGCGUGCUUGUCGACGCUACUGGCCAGGUCCGGAGUGGCUUUUUCUUUAUCGCAAUUCUUAUCGUUCUACCCAUUCCACUGGUGUGGAUGGUAAAUGCAGACAAAGGUCGUCGGGAAGGCUUAGCUAUGGCUGAGACCUUGAGCAAGUCACAUGGUGACUCCGCGGAAGAUACCCAGGAGGCCGAAGGGCUUCUGGCGCGCGACCAGUAG